AUGGCUGAUUGGGUAGCUGCAUUUGGGAUCGGGCUCAUCUCUCAUAGCCAAAGCAAUUCGUUUGCUCGUGCAGCUGAAGUAGACAUAGCACUUCAGGCAUUUUGGGCCUCUUUUCUGUUGUUACAUCUUGGUGGUCCGGAUACCAUUACUGCCUUCUCUCUAGAGGAUAGUUCGCUUUGGCGACGACACUUGCUCAGUCUCCUCUUCCAAUUCAGUGUUGCCAUCUAUGUUUUUGUGCAAAUAUUUCCCAAUGACAAGUCACUAGUGAUCCCAACAAUGCUAGUGUUUCUUGCCGGGGUCAUAAAAAAUGUAGAGAGGAUAAUUGCACUUUAUCGCUCAAGCCUCUCGAGACUUAGGGAAGCGUCUCUUUUGAUUGACCAAGGAUUUAAUGCAAAUUUGAUGUUGGAAAGAGAACUCACAUAUCUAAAUUGUGAAUAUUCUCGUGAAGAAGAAGCAAAACUUGUCGAGAGCAUUGCGGUGAAGCAUGCUUACUACUUCUUUGCAAUCUCUAAAGUCUUCCUCAUAGAUCGCUUCUAUUCAGCUGAGGAACGCAUCACAAGCCACAAAUAUUUCCACAAAGUUUCUGCGGUGGAUGCAUUAAGGGUGAUAUCAAUUGAACUCCAUUUCAUGUAUGAGAUGCUAUAUACAAAAGCAUUAGCAAUAUGUUCCAAGUGGAGCUACAUUAUUCGCUUCAUAGCCUUCACUGAGGUUAUGACAGCUUUUGUCUUGUUCAAUCGUUUCAAGAAGCAUGAGCUCCCUAAACUCGAUGUGGAAAUUACCUAUAUCCUUCUUUUCGGAGGGAUUGCUCUUGAUGUGAUAACUCUCUUCACACUCGUUUUCUCUGAUUGGACUAUUGCUAAAAUCAUGCAAAACAAAACAAGAUCAUCUAAUAAACUAUAUUCAUUUCUCCACAAGUUAAUAACCGCCACGUAUGACCGGAGGAAGCCCCAAUACGCCACAUGUAAAAUAGAGCCUACCGCUGAAGCUACGUAUGAGUUCUUAGAUACACCAUUCAUAUUUCAAAGGUGGUCAGAAUCCAUUUCCGCUUGCACCAUUUUGUCCGAAAUAUGGGGAGAGAGUCCAAGAAAGAUGUACAAGUGCGAUCAACGCCAGGGUGUCAUCGCUUUUUCUGAUAUUUGUAGUCUUCCAUUCCAUAAGGCUGAGAAGAUCAUCUCUUGUUUCCAUGGAACUUGCAAAAUAUUCGUCGGAUCGAAAGCAGCAAUGCUUUUGGAUAUUCCAAGGUACACGUCCAAGAGUCCCUUAUUAAUUGAGUUAUGGAUCUUUAUCUUUGAGGAGGUGAAACGUAAAUCUGAAGAGGUACAUAGUCCAACAAAGAUGAGGAAGAUAUAUGAGGCUAGAGGUGAUAUGUUUCUCAAAAGUAAACCGAAGGGGGUCGAUUGCGAGAGACUUUUACAGCAUGUCACCAAGUCUACUUACGACACCAAUGUUAUAAAGUGGCAUGUUGCUACAGAAAUUUUGUACAAAAUAGACAAAUCCAGAGAAAAAAAUGACAAAAAGGAAUUCAGUAAGAUCCUUUCUGACUACCUGUUGUAUCUUUUAAUUAAGCAGCCUCAUGUGGCGUCCGCCGUGGCAGGAUUUGCCAAAAAUACAUUUUGUGAGGUGUUCUGGUAUUUAAAUGACAGAAUGAGUGGUGCCAAGGAUAUUGAGGCGCUAUACAAGGCAUUGUGGGAGGACUUUCCUGGCGAAGACAACCCGCUCAAGGAGUGGAUCGUAUUGGCCCGAAAGCUGGAAGGCUUUGGGGAAAUGAAGUGGGAGGUGAUGAGCGGAGUGUGGGUCGAGAUGCUGUCAUAUGCAGCAAGUCAUAUUAAGGGAGAGGUACAUGCGCAGGUGUUGAGCAAAGGUGGAGAGCUUCUUCCCUUCGUUUGGCUGUUGAUGACUCAUUUUGGUUGUCACUACAAACCUGAAUGGGGCACCUAUGAGGAUUUUUUGUUUUUGCCGGAACUGGAAACAGUUCUCCACGAUGAUAACGGAAAUCAAGAGGAAGAUGAUUCCAGCCCGUCUAUCAGUAAUUGA